GGGACCCCUUCUCCCGGAGGUCUCCCUCGUAGUCCAAGGACACGUAGCAGCAUUGCUCCUUCAGCUGCGUCAGCACCUUCUUGGUCAGGGCCUGCAGCGCCGCGGGCUCCGUGGGGCUCUGCAGCAGCAGCUGGUGCAGGUGCCCGGACAGGUGGUCCCCGGCCACCCCCAGGCAGCGGGUGCCCUUCCUCAGGGUCUGGCCCCCACACACGGAGGUGACGUGGGACACCGCGGCCCCAGCCUCCACGGCCAGCCCGGUGACCCUGCCGUGGGCGCAGAGCGACAGGAAGCCGGUGUUGGCCACGUGCAGGGCGGGCACCCCGAGGCUCUCGAACAGCACCUCGGCCGCCUUCGCCCUGUCGGAGGCGGGGCAGGACGGGGACUCAGCCAGGAGCACCGGGUGCUCCUCUGGGGACACUCUGAGGCAGCAGCACAAGAGGUGGCUCCACAGGGUUUUCAUGCCGUCCCAGUCCUCCACGAGGCCGUACUUGAGCGGGCAGCGCCGGGGGGCUGCGGCCCAGCACGGCGGGCUCUCCGUGGCAGGGCAGUGCUGCCGGGCGUCCCACGGGGUGUCUGUGCUGCAGGGCUGCCCCAGCACCGUCCUCAGCACGCACGGGGGCUGCUCCUGGCCCGCAAAGCCCCCCCGCGUGAAGCGGCUGCCGCUGUCUAUGACCACCGCGGCCUUCAGCAUGGCUGGCGCUCCGCAGGGAUGCCGGGCACGGAGGAAGAGCCUGCGCUGGGACAAGAGGGGUCUGAGGUACGAGACAGCCUCGAAGAUGGAGCAGUUCCUGACACGGUUCCUGCUGCGGGAAACCAUGCACCAGCUGCAGUCCCUGCAGGCAUCCCUCGAGUGCGCCGUGGACACGGUGGAGGAGCAGGCGGGACGGGAGAGAAAGGAGAUCAAGAAAUCGGAGACUUCCGUUGGCCUGAGGUCAGGGAGGCGGUGUGGGCGCAGGGGACAGAAGAACGUCUGCCUGUCCCCAACAGACCCCUACUCUGGGAUGCUGACAACAGGUGUUUGUGUGGAGGACAGCAGCCAGUGGAUGGCUCAGAUCAACAGGCUCCAGCAGCUCAUCGAGAAGCUGGAGUGCAAGAGCCCGCGCCUGGAGCCGCUGAAGGAGGAAGCCAUGUGCAAAGGACAGGAUGCACACAUCCUGGUGGCCAAGAGGCAGAUCUCGGUGGCCACGAGCAGCGUCGAGGAGUUCCGGCAGGCGUUCCGCUCCUACACCGAGGGCACGGCCGGGCACAGCAGCUGCCUGCAUGUCUCUGCCUGCAAGCUGACGGACGAGGCCUGCUUCAUCCUGUACGAGUUCUGGCGGGACGUGACCUCCUGGAGAAGCCACUUGCAGUCCAGCUGCAGCAAGACUUUCCAGCAGUCCAUCCUCAGCUUGCUGGAGUCCCCGGAGCUGCUGACCACCAUGCUCUUCCCAGCUUCCUGGUGGAUCAUGAACAACAACUGACCCGGGGCAGCGUCUCCAGGACACCAUCAGCAUGCGGGAGGACGUGGAGCCCUGGGCACAGCCUCUGCCACCUUUGUCACCUCCCUGUCCCUCCAUUCCCUCCUGUGGCCAGCGGGGGCUGCCUGCCCUCGGCCCUGCCAGUGUUCUGCUCCUUUGCUCUUGUCAUGUUAAUUUAUUUCUUUAUCCUGCUCCUAAGCCAGUGUCCGAGCCGCCUGGGGGAGCCGUGGGUGGGGUGGCAGCCUGGCCCUUGGGGGAGCACUGCUCUGGUGCUGCAGCCCAGGAGCCCUCAGUCCCUCUUGCACUCAGCUCCUCCUCCUGGCUCUGAGGCUGCCCGGGGAUGGGCAGGGGGACACGGCACUGGCCAGCUGUGACAUCCUGCCCAGGGAGCCAGGUGGCCUGGUAUGGAUUGUGAAGAGUGUUUUAUAGGGAAAAAAUAUUUCAUGAAGUGCUUCUGGCAAGGAGUACCCGAUCAUGCCCUGCCACGCUGGCAGCACGCGCUGUGGCUUUGAGGUUGGCUUUGUGCCCCACCAGCUGUGCCCACGGCUGAACCUGUCCCCAGCACAUCCCACUCCAGGGAAGGCCAGAGUGGCUCCUGGCUGCUGCUUCCUCAGUUCCCA